CGUGCUUCUUCAAUAAACAUUCAAGAAUCCUUUGCUUUUUCAUCUUGUGAGCGUUCCUCGUUUCUCAGUCUCUUCGUCUGAUACCGCCCGUCAUAGUUGCACAAUUGCGAGCCGUUGGAGUCCGUUAUUACGUCCGAAUUAAGCUUGUGCUCCUAAGGUUAGACUGGUGCCCCCGGUCCUGGUUCAGUCAGCCUUGUCCGCUACCGUGGUUUCAUCAUGGAACAGCAAGUUCUCGACCUGUUGCAGGCGACAACGCGACCAGACACUGCCGUCAUUAGGACUGCCGAGCAGGGUCUACUCAAUCUUUAUCCACAGCCAGAAUUUCCUUUCGCACUCCUGACCAUCGCAUCACAUAACGAUAUCGAGUCCGGGUCGCGAAAAGCUGCUCUGACCGCCCUCAAAAAUUACGUCCAAGCCACAUGGUCGCCGCAGUUUGAUGAGACUUACAGAGGAACCACAUAUCUGGACGAUGCCGGCAAAGCUCGGGUACGCGAUCAAGUCUUUGCCAUUUGCACAGUCGAAGGAGACCGAGCGAAGGAUGCUACUGUGCAAGCGCUAGCAGCCGGAGUAGCCAGCAGAAUCGCCAGUAUUGAUUUUCCAGAUGCAUGGCCGUCACUGUUCCCUUCGCUUCUCGCGAUCUUGAACACAUCCACCAACGAUGCACCUGUUCAUGGGGCUUUGCGUGUUCUUGCGGAAUUGAUCGACUCCGGGUUGACCGAAGAACAAUUCUUCAUGGUCGCCCAGGACUUAGUCAAUGCCUUGCAACACGUAGCUGUUGACAACAACCGCGGUCUGAUCGUACGCGCGAUGACUCUUAACGUGUUCCGUUCAUGUUUUGAAAUGCUGGAGAUGGUUAUGGGAGAUCACGGAGCUGCGGUCAAAGCAUUCUUGGACGAGUCAAUGAAGACGUGGAUGCCCUUCUUCAUGGACAUCCUGAAGGCUCCUUUGCCAGUUUCCGACUCAUCAGCUGUAGCUAUCGAUCAAAAUGAUGGCAAUUUCCGUGGGCUUGUGGCGUUGAAGGUCCAGGUUGUCAAGACCCUCGACAAACUAAGAUCAGUCUACGUCCACGCCAUCUCCCCUCAUGCCGUCGCUCUUUUCCAGAUUGUCUGGGAGGAGCUGUCGAGGAUGGCAUCCUCGUAUGCAGAACUCUUCCUUGAUGGUCCUGCGGAAGGCAAACUCGUUGACAGCGACAACCUACCAUGCAGCUUAGAUGCAUUAGUCCUCGAAGAGAUUGACUUCUUGCAGAUCACGAUCAAAGCACCACCCGUGCGGUCAGAGCUAUCUGCGCAAAUGAAGCAACUGGGUGAUGCCCAACAUAUUGUUCCAUGGCUACAAGAACUGAUCCGCGUCCUCGUCUUGUAUGCAAGAAUACCUCAAGAAGAGGAAGGCCUAUGGGAGUACGAUGCCAACCUUUACCUAUCGGAAGCGACAUCACUCACAGCAAAUUACACACCCCGAGCAGCAUGCAGCGAACUAGUUGUUCGUAGCCUAAGCGAAUGGUUGAAACAAAUCCCCAUCGUCGCAAUGCUUCACUUCAACCAGCACUCACUGUCCAACCAGUCAACAAGCUGGAAGGAACGCGAAGCCCUCCUUUACUUGCUGAACCAAUGCCUCAUCGAUGUCGGCGAGGUAUCCGGCAGACUCGACAACUCAAUUGCCACAGCACUGCUCGAGCAAGUCUCGGCUUCCCUGCAAGACUCACACGCCUUCAUGCGCGCAGCCGCACAUCUCGUACUCGGCGCUUUCUUCAAGGUCGUGGGCGACGACUACUUCUCCGCCGGCGCCGCAUCAUUGACCAACGCCAUCAACACCGCCAUUACUGAUGCGUCUGAAGUCGUCAAAAUCGCCUGCCUGAACAUCAUCCCGACCUACCUGGAAGCCCUGCCUUCAAACGUCACACAACCCAUGCAGGGCGCCGUCGUCAACGCAGUCUCUGAGUAUGUCUCCUCGCACGAUCUGAAAGACGAACUCGAAGACGCAGACGACGUCAAAGCCGCACUCAUCCAAGCCCUCCGCGAUGCCAUCAUGCUCGACACCAGCUCCAUCACCGAGACGAGCGCCAUCGACCUGUUCUUCACCCUGGCCUCGGACAGCGCAGGCAAUUUCCAGCUCUUCACUCUCCUGACCGAAGCCUUCGAGGGCAUCGUCUCAUCCGUCUCUACCCAUGGACAGGAGAACUACGUGCGGCUAUGCUCGAAGACCAUCCCCUCUCUUACAGGCGCGUUCGAUGUCGCCAGCAUGACGCAUAUGUCUGAAUUGACCAAUCUGGCUGCCGAGCUGGUCUCUGCGCUCGCUGAAUUUGGAUCUGAACCACUUCCCGCGGGCUUCGUGUCGGCCGUCAUGCCCAAGCUCCAACGCGUGCUCAUGGAAGCCACCGACGCCGAACUCGUCCGCCCCGCCACCCGCGCUGUUGAACACAUGCUAGACAAAGGCAGCGCGCAGUUUCUCACGUGGACUGACCCGCAUGGUAAAUCUGCCAUUGAAGUCCUACUGACGAUCGUCAAUCGACUACUCAAUUCUCCGGACGUCGACGAGAACGCGGGUCAAGAAGUCGGCGGCCUCGCCUCCACUCUGGUGAACAAAUUCGGCGCCGACAAGUUAGGCCCGUACCUCAUGGAUCUGUUACGUGCUGUUGCAAUCCGCCUGGCAACAGCAGAUCGCAUCCAGUUCAUUCAGAAUCUGUGCAUGGUGUUCGUGGGCCUGAGCCUGGCCGCGCCAAAAGAGGUGGUCGAUUUCUUGUCGGAAGUCAAUAUCAAUGGCGUCAACGGCCUGACGGUCGUGCUGACUAAGUGGCUCGAGAACUCGGUGCACUUUGCCGGCUUCGAGGAAGUCCGACAAAACGUCGUGGCCUUGUCGAAGAUAUUCAGCUUGCAGGACCCGCGCGUAAAGGCCGUUCAGGUCAAGGGGGAUCUGAUCAUCGAUGCGAACCUCAGCGGCCGGAUCAAGACACGCUCGCAAGCGAAACUGAACCCGGACCGGUGGACGAGUGUCCCUGCGGACCUGAAGAUACUCAAGAUCAUGGUCGAUGAGCUUGCGAGUGCGGCGACGAGUCGCUUUCCGAACCUUGCGGCGGCGCAGGCUGCUGCCGAGGCGCUUGAUGAUGAGGAUGAGGAAGGGGGUGACGACGACGGCGAAUGGGAGGAUGUUGGUUCGGGCGGGGCUGUUGAUCUCGCCAGCGCGAGUGUGCGGAAUGAUUUGAUGGCGAUGGUCGGCGAGGGUGAUGGCGCGGCAAGUCCGACAGGGAGUAGGGCGAGGGAUGAAGAGACGGCCGAGUACUUGCUGGGGUGGUUCAAGACGGAGGCUGCAAAGCAGGGAUUCGAAGGCCUGUUUGACCAACUCAACGAAGAAGAGAAGGGUAAGUUGAGGGAGCUGGUUGCCUGAAUGUAGAAGAAAAAUUACCCUGGCAUAUUCAGGCGACUUGUCGACGUGGAAGACUUGAGCAUUCAAGAAGGUGUUCUGAGCGUGUGCCGCUGGGUUUGGCCGCAAGAGAAUGAAUCACAGGUCAUCAAUGAAGAGGAGCGAAGAAGGCUGAAGCGUCUCAGCGAAGCAUUCUACGAGUACCGAGUGAGUACGAAAAGGAGGCUCUCCCGGGCAUGGGAAGAUUGCUCCUCCACAGGUCUUUACAAAACAUAACCCCUUGAAAGAAAUUACUGUCUAGCAUCGAAUGCACAUAUCCGGAUUGGAAGCUUAGCAAUGGUGAACUCUUCG